GAAACUCACCAAAAUAGAAAUGGCCACACAACACGAACGCUCCCUCCCACCAAGUCGCUAUGACCUCGACACCUACGUCGGCCGCGUCAGGCACAUGAUGGAGAUCACUGAUCCACGGACCCUGUUCACGAGUGCACAGCAGCUCGACCAGGCGAAGAAGUUGAUUGCGCAUUAUAAGGCUGGGAAGAUGUCCGGGGAGAUGACGGAGGAGUUGUGGCAGGCGAAGAGACUUGUUGAGUCAACGCUGCAUCCUGAUACCCAAGAACCCGUGUUUCUGCCCUUCCGCAUGUCCUCCUUCGUCCUCACAAACCUCGUCGUAACAGCCGGCAUGCUAACACCCAACCUCGGAACAACUGGCACCCUCUUCUGGCAAUGGGUCAACCAAUCCGUCAACGUCGCCAUCAACGCCUCCAACGCCAAUAAAUCAUCUCCACUCUCCUGGAGCGAGGUCGGAAAGUCAUAUGCGGUUGCGGUCUCGGCGAGUUGUGGUGUUGCGGUGGGGUUGAAUAGUAUCGUGCCAAAGUUGAGGGUUAGUCCGAGUGUGAGGGGUGUGCUUGGGCGGUUGGUGCCGUUUGCGGCUGUUGCGAGUGCGGGUGCGUUGAAUGUGUUUUUGAUGAGGGGGUCUGAGCUCAGGAAUGGUAUCGAUGUGUACGCACCCAACGACCCGACUACGUCUCUCGGCAAGUCGCAGUCUGCGGCACUCACGGCUGUCGGAGAGACAGCCAUCUCUCGCGUCUUGAAUGCAUCCCCGAUCAUGGUUAUCCCACCCCUCAUCCUCAUGCGUCUCCAACGCCCCGGAGGUUUCUUGGCACGGAAUCCCAGGAUCACUAUCCCCACGAACAUCGGGUUGAUUUUCGCUACGAGUUUGGUUGCGUUGCCUUUGGCUGUUGGCGUGUUCCCGCAGAGGCAGAAAGUGAGUGUGGGGAGUGUCGAAGAGAGGUUCAGGGGAUUGAAUGAUAAGGACGGAACCCCGAUCACGCAGUUGGAGUUUAACCGUGGUAUCUAAACGAUAGACCCCCGAGAGUAGAGGAGGAACAAUGCAUU